GAGGCUGAGAGGCAGAAAGAGUUGGCAAAGGCGUGAUAUAGAAAAUAAGGAGGCUAAGCCACUGAGGGGGAGCAAGAGGAGGGGCCGUCUUGACACUGGUGCCGGCUGAGCUCCACCCCACCCACUCCAUGCAGUUUCCUGUGGGCCCUGCUUGCAUCUUCUUGAGGAAAGGCAUUGCUGAGAAACAGCGGGAAAGACCACUGGGACAAGAUGAGAUUGAAGAGCUCCGGGAAGCAUUCCUUGAGUUUGACAAGGACCGAGACGGGUUCAUCUCUUGUAAAGAUUUGGGAAAUCUCAUGAGGACAAUGGGCUACAUGCCAACAGAGAUGGAACUGAUUGAACUGGGCCAGCAAAUCCGCAUGAACAUGGGUGGUCGUGUAGACUUUGAUGACUUUGUGGAGCUGAUGACUCCCAAACUACUUGCAGAAACAACUGGGGUGAUCGGUGUCCAGGAAAUGCGAGAUGCCUUCAAAGAGUUUGACACCAAUGGAGAUGGGGAGAUCACCCUGGCGGAGUUGCAACAGGCCAUGCAGAGACUUCUGGGAGAGAGGCUCACCCCCCGGGAGAUCUCAGAGGUUGUCCAGGAGGCAGAUGUUAAUGGAGAUGGCACUGUUGACUUUGAAGAGUUUGUGAAGAUGAUGUCUCGUUGAGGAGGUUCUGAAAGCCUCAGACACUCUCCACCCAGUCAAUGUGGAUCAAGUGCUCGUGGAAGACCAAAUU